CAUUUGUUUAUUUGGAGGCCCGUUAAAAUUUGUAAAGGUACGUGAGAGCAAACAUAAAACGUUUACAUAGACGUUAAUUUUAAACCGUGACAUGAAGCAACUGUCUGCACUAAAGUAUGGUCGACAAUUAAGCUGGAAACAGUAGAGAAGUUAGUCCAAGGGCGUACGUUCGAAUCCCGAUACGAGACGAAACUUAUAUAUAACUUGAAACCAGAGAAAAUGAAAGCAGCUCUGCCAAGUUCCAUUCAUAAUACAUGGAAUGGCAUCCUCCGCCAUUCUGCAUUUACUCCAUGCACACAGAUCCUUUGUAAAAUUCUCAGUAAUCCUACUUUUUUUCAUAGUCUCUCCACCACUUUAUGCUGAAAGAAAACCCUAUAACUCAAUCUACAGUCGAAGGGCACUGGUAGAAGAGCACCAGACAAAUGCCGCCGCCGCAACAAGCUCCGGUGCCAAUUCCUCACAAUGCGGCGGCAACGGUACCCGGGGGCCGCUCUUCAAUUACGCUGCGCUGCACUACUGCUACCUCAAGGACUUUACGUCAUUGUCAGUGACGAUCCUGGUAGGUAUCGUGGUUCUGCAGUUCUAUGUUUUGGCUGCGGCCGCGGAGCUCCAUUUCUCGCGCGUGGUGUCGCGCUUGGCCGCGCUGUUGCGGCUGUCGCCGAGCAUGGGCGGCGUGACGGUGCUGGCCCUGGGCAACGGCGCUCCGGAUCUUUUUGCUUCCAUGGCGGCGCUGCGCUCCGACAAUGCACGCAUCGGGCUGGGGGCCAUUCUUAGUGCUGGUGCCUUUGUCUCCGCCUUCGUCGUUGGCAAUGUUGCGCUAACCGCCGCGCCGUUCUCCGUCAAGCCCUUCCCAUUUGUCAGAGAUGUGUUCUUCUACUUGACGGCCGCCACUACGCUGUUUUAUGUCUACCUCACUGGUGUCAUUUUCCUCUGGCAGGCCGUCGGGCUAGUUCUCUUCUAUUUCUUCUUUGUUGCCGUGGUUUUCUGGACGGAUCGCGUGGAGGAAAUCGGGGGUGUCGGCGAUUCUGUGGCGUAUAUUAGUGGCGGAGGGUUUGACUGUGCAACUAGGGUUAAUGAGGGUUUAGACAAGCCACCGAAUUGGAAGAAGGCGAUGGCAAAUGCGAUUUCGUUUCAGGUGGAUUCGGCAGAAGAGACGAAGGCCGGAACUCACAGCUCUUGUUGGAUUUGCGGCAACGUGGCAAAGUUUACUCAAUUGUGGGAGUUGCCAGUUAAGCUGGUGCUGAAGCUUUUAAUCCCGUCCAUAUGUUCUUCAGAAUGGAGCCGAUUUUACUCAUCUGCCAACAUUGUAUUAUGUCCACUUGUAUUGUUGUACUUUUGUAGCUCGUUUGUCCCUUUUGACUAUCCAUUGGUGUUUAUAAUACCAAAUUUUUAUUUCCCUUUGUGGAUGGUGGUUCUAGAACUAAGUAGUUGUAUAGGAUUGGCGCAUUAUUUAAUUAUUGAUGAACCACCAGAUAAAGAGCAGAUAUUAUCAAUAGUGGUGGCAUUUGUGAUGAGUGUUUGUUCAAUCUCCUUUGUAGCUGGAGAGCUUCUAGGUUGCUUGGCAGCGCUUGGUAUCAUAUUAAAGUUGCCGCCAGCUUUAUUGGGUUUAACAGUGCUGGCAUGGGGAAAUUCUGUGGGGGAUCUAGUGGCAGAUGUUGCAGUUGCAAAGGCUGGACAGCCAGCCAUGGCAAUGGCUGGUUGUUAUGCAGGACCUAUGUUUAACAUGCUUAUUGGAUUUGGGCUUGCACUUGUGAUUCGCACAGCCCAUGCAUAUCCUUCUGGCUAUUAUCUUCACUUUCAUGUUAGUAUUGUUGUAGCAUUUUGUUUUUUAUUCAUGAGCUUGCUUGGCUCACUACUAGUUAUCACUUGGUCAAGAUUUCAAGUCACUCGAUUAUGGGGAUCUUGCCUCAUCGCUUUGUACAUUAUCUUUAUUGUUGUAAGUUUAAUGAUUGCAAAAAUGAUAUGAAAACGCACUCCUACCAACUUUUACAUCCCAA